ACUUCCUUGGUUGUGAAAGCGUCUUUUGUAUUUAUGCAAAAAGCUCCGUUCUUGGCUUCUUCAGAUAAACCAGUCUGUGGCAUCCAUAGACGGCACACAUCUUCUUCGUACUCGCAAAAAAAUCUCUCUGUUGAUUCCAUUAACAACACAGGCGAAGAAGAAAUGGAGCUUCAUACAUUUUCUAGCGCUCUGAGCUUCUUGUGUUUCAUGUGACAUGGAGAUCCAUAACGCAGUCAAAGAAAGUGAUGACCGGAGGCUCAAGACCAAGUACAACAAUGCUGUCUAUGUUAUUCAAAGAGUUCUCGCUCUAUACUCUAUUGAAGAGGUUGCUUUCAGCUUCAACGGAGGAAAGGAUUCAACUGUUUUGCUGCACCUACUUAGGGCUGGCUAUUAUUUGCAUAACAAGGAAAAAAGUCUUUCAAACGGGGAUCUUGAAAAUUUUCCAAUUAGAAUAAUAUAUUUUGAAAGUCCUUCAGCUUUUCCUGAGAUCAACUCAUUUACCCAUGAUACGGCCACCACCUAUGGUUUGGAGAUGGAAAUCAUUACCUUGGAUUUCAAGUCUGGGUUAGAGGAUUUACUAAAGGCAAAACCAAUCAGAGCUAUUUUUCUUGGUGUCCGUAUUGGUGAUCCUACUGCGGUAGGCCAAGAACAAUUUUCCCCUAGUUCGCCUGGAUGGCCACCCUUUAUGAGAGUGAAUCCUAUUUUGGAUUGGUCAUACAGAGAUAUCUGGUCAUUCAUUUUGACUUGCAAGGUCACAUACUGCGGUCUUUAUGAUCAAGGUUAUACUUCAAUAGGAAGCAUUUACGACACAGUUCCAAAUAAAUUGUUGUGCAUCAGCCACUCCUCUAGCUGCGGUGGAAAAUAUAAACCAGCGUAUUUGCUUUCCAAUGGUAGACUAGAAAGAGCAGGUAGAACGAAAAAGUCUGCUCCUUCUGCUGGUAGGACACCUGUUGGGGAGGUCAUGGAUGGUGUGGAUUCACAUAAAAACAUCAUGCUCACUGCCUCAGUAAUCACCGUAGGGGAUGAGAUUUUGUCUGGCAGUGUUGGAGAUGAUUUGGGACUUGCUUUGUGUCAAAAGCUUCAUUCCAUUGGUUGGACAGUAUCACAAGCCGCUGUUGUACAGAAUGAUAUUGAUUCUGUGGCUGAAGAGGUUGAACGGCAAAAAUCUGCUAAUGAUAUGGUUUUUGUAUUUGGAGGGGUAGGCCAAUUGCAUUCUGAUGUAACCUUAGCAGGGGUCGCGAAGGCUUGUGGUGUUCGUCUGGCUCCUGAUGAAGAAUUUGAAGAAUAUCUCAGGCAUCUUAUUGGUGAUCAUUGCACUGGUGACCGGAAUGAGAUGGCUCAGUUGCCUGAAGGUAUCACCGAAUUGCUGGAUCACGAAAAGCUGCCAGUGCCUCUGAUCAAAUGUCAAAAUGUAAUUAUUCUUACCGCAACUAAUGUUCCUGAGCUGGAGAAGGAAUGGGACUGUUUGAUUGAAUUAACAAGAUCUAGUGGCCUAUUCGCAGUGAUGGAGCCAUAUGCAUCAAAGAGCCUAAGUACAUUCCUUUCAGAUGUAGAAACUGCUCAACCUCUAUCGGAACUUUGCCUCAAAUUCCCAGACUUAAAAAUUGUAUGCCGUCGCAAAUCCAGAAGUGGGCCUCUCAUCAUUAGUCUUGAAGGAAAGCAGGACGUUGCACGCAUUGAGUCAGCUACAGAAGCAUUAUGCAAUAAGUUUCUUCCAGGAGCAUUCUCUGAAGUUUAAGUAAGCAUAGAUGUAGACUAAUGGGGAGAUCAAAGGAGUUGCUAUACAUCUUGGUGGAACAAUGAAAUUGGGUUACAGUCGGGACGGAGCAAAGCAUAGGGCUAGGGAAAUAGACUGCCGUGAAGACGACUGCAACAUAAACAGGCAAAGCCUUUCAACAUGCCAAACAAACUGAUAACGAGGAACUGUAAAUACUUUGUUGUCGCUGUUGUUGUUGUUGUAGUUUUCGUUGAACGGGGAACGAAUGUCAGCAGGCUCAGUUCCUUGCUUUAAAUGUUUCUGGUUUUGUGGUUCAUCUUUACUUGGUUAAGCAAGAGCUUUGUGUUCAUAUCUUGGUUUU